AGAUUUAUCCGAUCGCCUCCCUUCAACAAGCUCAGUAAAUUUCGAUUCCAUUUCCAGAGAGAUCAGAUUGUCUGAAUUUGGAAGAAAUUAAGAUGGAGCCUGAUGGUGAGAAUGGCAAGAUUAUAAUCUCUCGCAUCCUCGCUGCUUCUUUCAUCGGAGCCAUUUCGGUAGCCGCAGCCAAUCAUUACCGGCACCGAUACAAGGAGGAAGCAGAAGAAGACCAAUAUAUCAUUCCACGCCUAGACAGAACGAAAUCCGGCCGUCUAGGAAAACUUGAAAGAUUUUCACAUUACGUUGCGAGGCAGAUGGGGUUUGCGGAUGCAAAUGAAUGUCCUCGGCUAUCCAAAUUAGCUUAUGAUUAUUUGAGAAAAACAAAAGGGUGUGAAGAGAGCGUCUAUGAAUUUUUCGCUAAUGAACCAGAGGGUGAAUCUCUCUGUGUGAAGUUGAUAGAAGAGUUUGACAGAUGCAUUCUCAGUUAUUUUGCAUUUCAUUGGAGCCACGCUUCUGAUAUGAUCAGUCAAGUUCUGAGCGUUGAAUCUGAUCAGAAUAAAACAAAGUUAAAGAACUUCGUCAUGGCAGCAACAAGGAAACAGAGAUUUGAGAAGGUGACUAAAGAUUUGAAGAUGACAAGGGUUUUCUCUACGUUAGUACGAGAGAUUAAGGCCAUUCGAGGCGACGGCGAAUCCAAGUGCACGGACGUCAUGGCUCCGGUUGCCUUCAGUGAGAGAAGUCCGGUGCUGCUACUCAUGGGUGGUGGCAUGGGAGCUGGCAAGAGCACUGUCCUCAAAGAUAUUAUGAAAGAGCCAUUCUGGUCAGUAGCGGCAACAAAUGCAGUGGUAGUAGAGGCAGAUGCAUUCAAAGAGACGGAUGUUAUUUACAGAGCCCUUAGCUCUAUGGGGCAUCAUGCUGACAUGCUUCAAACUGCUGAACUGGUCCACCAAUCCUCCACGGAUGCAGCAUCUUCACUGCUAGUCACGGCACUGAAUGAAGGGAGAGAUGUGAUUAUGGAUGGUACCCUCUCAUGGGAGCCAUUUGUUGAGCAGACAAUCGCCAUGGCAAGGAAUGUUCAUAAGCAUAAAUAUCGAAUGGGUGUCGGAUACAAAGUAAAUGAGGAUGGUAGCAUUACUGAAAAUUACUGGGAACAAGUUGAAGAAGAUGAAGUCCAGAAAAAUUGUGUUGCUUCCAGGAAACCAUACAGAAUAGAGUUGGCUGGAGUUGUUUGUGAUGCUUAUCUAGCUGUUGUUAGAGGCAUCAGGAGAGCGAUAAUGGUGAAAAGAGCAGUGAGGGUGAAUUCACAAUUGAAAUCUCACAAAAGAUUUGCAAGUGCAUUUCCAAGAUAUGUCGAAUUUGUUGACAACGCCAGGCUUUACUGCACCAAUGCUGUAGGCGGGCCACCAAGGCUCAUAGCUUGGAAAGAUGGAGAUUCAAAGCUUCUCGUUGAUCCUGAUGAUAUCAAGUCUUUGACAACAGUGAGCACCUUGAAUGACAAAGCAGAAUCCGUAUACGAACUUUAUGGAGAUCCGAACCCGAUAUUUAAACCCGGCUCUGUAUGGAAAGACAUCGUUUUGUUCCCUUCAAGAGCCAGCAUUCAACUGGAGUUAAGAAAUUCCAUCCAAAAAAUGGAAAAAUAUCUUCAAUUUCAAACACAAUAUUCAAAUUAUGAGAAAUUCGACUCAACUACAUUAGCAUUCCUGUCAAACAAAGAGUUUAAAACCAAGCCGAAGCUAUACAUUAAUGCCUAGACAAACGCUGA